UCACACCUCAUACAUACGCGCGUAUGUUUGAGCAUCAGACGCGCAGGACGUGAAUCAGGGAUUGAGAGAGAGAGAGAAACCGCCCGUGCGUUUAACGCGCGUCUCCGUCGCGUCAAUCAUCACGCGACGCGCGUCGGAUCACCGGCGGCUGGGAACUCCAAGCGCAAACUCUCCCGUUAGUUUCAACCGGGAGCCGCGGGUUCAGCAGCAGCAGCAGGAGGAAGAUGAUGUCCGCGGAAGAGGUUCUGGUCCCGGAUGACCGAGCCUUCAGCCGGUUCAGAGGCGAGUGUCAGUCCGAGCAGGGCUGGAGUCUCACCUACAGCAGAACCAGCAUCUGCGUGUGGAUCCAGGUGCUGCAGGAGGAGAAGAGCCUGCACAGGAUCAAGUGUCGGAUGCUGUGUAAGGAUAUCCCAGCUGAGACCAUGUAUGACGUGCUCCAUGACAUCGAGUAUCGGCGGAAAUGGGACGCAAAUGUCAUCGAGACGUUUGACAUCGGCAAACUGACGGUCAACGCAGAUGUGGGCUAUUACUCCUGGAAGUGUCCUAAACCGCUGAAGAACCGUGAUGUCAUUACCCUGCGCUCCUGGCUGCCGAUGGGCAACGAUUACAUCAUCAUGAACUACUCCGUCAAACACGCUAAAUAUCCUCCUAAGAAGGAUCUGGUGCGAGCUGUUUCCAUCCAGACGGGAUACCUGAUCCAACACACCGGCCCCAUCAGCUGCACCUUAACAUACCUGGCACAGGUGGACCCGAGAGGUUCUCUUCCCAAGUGGGUUGUUAACAAGUCUUCCCAGUUCCUGGCGCCUAAAUGUGCACACUAUGAAGGGAACACCUGCAUGUCCUACUACAAGAUGUGCAGCGUGUCCCAUAAUGCAAUGCGGUUGCCUUGA